GGUUGGAUACUCAUACAUCAUUUUUUGUCAAAUAAAAAAAGAAAAGAAUAGUUUAUUGAUUACUAAUAUUUAUUACCAACGCUGAAACUUGGAAAUCGACGGCGAGAUUGAAAGGCAAACAAAGAGGUUAGUUGCUAGCCACCGACGACCGCUGUUUUCUCCGUUCAAUUUCAAUCGAGGAACAUGAUGAGGCUGAAGACAUAUGCUGGUCUUAGUUUGAUUGCAACUUUGGCUAUUACAUAUCAUGCAUUUAACAGUCGAGGCCAGUUUUAUCCGGCAAUGGUGUAUCUUUCAACAUCCAAGAUCAGUUUGGUGCUUCUUCUCAACAUGGGUUUGGUUAUUAUGUGUGUUCUGUGGCAACUAACGAAGAAGGUAUUCUUGGGUAAUCUUCGAGAAGCAGAGGUUGAGAGGCUUAAUGAGCAAUCAUGGAGGGAGGUUAUGGAGAUUCUCUUUGCGAUUACUAUCUUUAGGCAGGAUUUCUCGGUUACUUUCCUAGCGAUGGUUACGGCACUGUUGUUAAUUAAGGCUUUGCAUUGGUUGGCUCAAAAGAGAGUCGAGUACAUUGAGACAACUCCUACAGUGACCACGCUGUCCCAUAUUCGGAUUGUGUCGUUUAUGGGUUUCCUUCUUCUUCUCGAUAGCAUUUUCUUAUAUAGUUCUCUGAAGCAUUUGAUAGAAACAUGGCAGGCUUCUGUUUCGCUGUUCUUUGCUUUUGAGUACAUGAUAUUGGCAACAACAACAGUGUCAAUUUUUGUAAAAUAUGUUUUCUAUGUCAGCGACAUGCUUAUGGAGGGACAGUGGGAAAAGAAACCAGUCUUCACAUUUUACCUGGAACUUGUUAGGGACUUGCUACACUUGUCCAUGUAUCUGUGCUUCUUCUGUGUUAUUUUUGUAAACUACGGCAUUCCCUUGCACCUAAUACGGGAGCUGUACGAGACAUUUAGGAACUUCAAAGUUCGCAUUGCAGAUUACAUUAGAUAUCGUAAGAUCACUUCAAAUAUGAAUGAUCGCUUUCCAGAUGCAACCCCUGAAGAGCUCAUUGCUAGUGAUGCAACUUGCAUUAUCUGUCGUGAAGAGAUGACUACAGCCAAGAAACUGAUAUGUGGACAUCUUUUUCAUGUCCAUUGCCUCCGAUCAUGGCUGGAACGACAGCAUACUUGCCCUACCUGCAGAGCCUUGGUUGUACCACCAGAAAAUGGAACAACUGUUGCUGGAGGGCAGCAAGGAUCACAAUCAGAUGGUCAACGGCAGGGAACAGGCACUGGAAGCACAGGUCAAACUGAGGUUGGCAGUGGGGUGGCAACUGAUAGUUUAAGUCGGCAUCAAGCUAGACUCCAAGCAGCAGCUGCUGCAGCUUCAAUAUAUGAGAAGUCUUAUGUUUAUCCCUCUGCAACUUCCUUUGUACGACCUCCUGGAGAAGCUUCCAGUCAACAAGCCCAGAAGCAGUUUCAUAUUCCUGGUGGGCCAGCAAAUGUACCCUUUCCUCCAAUGGGGCACUUCCAUUUAAUUCCUUCCCAAGCACAUGUGACCCAUUUGAAUUAUGGAGAGGGGUUUGGAAAUGAUCCAAAUAUCCAAAGCUUGCAGUUGGAACUUAACAAAAAAUUACUGCAACAGCAGAUUGAGAUUCUGCAAAAUCAUCUACAGAAUCUGCAGUUCACGGAGGCUGAGAGAAGUGUAGAUGACGGGACAUCAUCAUCAGAAAGCAGAGGCAAGCUUAGCACUUCUGCGGAUAUUCAAGAUUGAAAAGCUUAAAGUCGACUGUGUAUGUCUGGUCUAUACCAGGAGAAUACCAAAUGUAGAUAUAGAAAGAGGAAAAAUACAGAGUAACAGUAUUGUUCUAAUGCAACAUCUGUUCUUUGGGAUACUGAUAUUGAAAAUGAACGGUGCCCCUUAAAAUUGAUUUCUUUGCCUUUAGACGUUGAAUGGAAAAUAUUGCUGACCAUUUUGUCACAAGUAUCCAUAAUAUGCGAUGACUUCCCCGUUAUAAAUGACAUGUUGAUGCAA